CCUGUGCCAGCCCCGCCCACUGUGUACAGGUUAGACCAGUGCAGGUAAAUAGUCUUGUGUCGGGUGUUCUCAGGUGCUGCGUUCAGGAGGGAGGUUGCCAGACAAGGAAGCGAUCGGGAACACUUACUGGACCCUAAACCAAGGAAACCCACAAAGUGAUUUCAUCAGAAGGUGUGGCGGCUUUUGGCGGCGUAAUGAUGCCUCUUACUUGUCGAGAUUGCAGCAGGCAGCUCGGCUACUGUGUGACUCAGGUGCGCCUGCACGUUUUCCACCUGUCCGUCAUCUAACUACCUGGAACUUCCAGCUCAUGUCUCAGCUGACGGCACAAGUGACAUGGAGUGAAGCCGCCUUGAAAUAAGUAAGAAGAAAUAACUGGAAUCGACCAAAAGUUUUUGGAAAAUCCUUCUGCACCUUCCAGGAUGUGGAUGUAAAUGGUGUAUUUGGUCGGAGAAACCCCACCCCCACCCCACACACACCGGCUGAGGGACUACAAACCAAAAUGGAGACAAAACAAGAGAUGCCCGUCAAACCGGAUGCAUCUCAGAAAAAUGCUGAAGAUAACGGGGCAGGCCUUGCGUCGGAGGAGACGCUGGAGCAGAGGAAGAAGUCUAGAAGCGUUGGGUUCUAUGAAAUGGACGUUCUAAGACCUUCAAUCGGUGCUGAAGCCAAAGAGGGCCAGAGCGACGUAAGGUGUUGGGCUGUAGAAGAGAAUGAGGCAUCCUUCCCAAACGCAGAUGCAGCCAGCGGGUGCUCGGAUAACCCAGAGGGCUCCCUGUCUAAUCAAAUUGAAGACCUAAGUCCCAAGUACUUUGACCAGGCUUUACCCUCGUCGCCAUCACGCUGCCAAAAGCACGGUAGGCCAACUUGUCUAUGUAAAGAGUGCGUAGAGAACUAUAUGAACUUGUGUGAGGAGGUGCAAGAACCCGGCAUUGCUGACCAGAAGAAAGCAGAAGAGGCUUCAUUGAGCGAUGACUGUGCCUCCUUAAACUCCAACAGCCGCUUCGAGGCAUCAAGGCAUACAGACUCGUCUGAAGAAGAAUGCCAGGGCAACGCCCAGGUGACGCUGCCCUACCCCGAUAACAGCCGACCUCCAGACUGUAUCACGAGGCUGAGCAAUGCCGGUCUGUACGAGCCUAGCGAAGACCUUGCGGCCAAGAUGGAGGGUGGGAACGAAGGAGAGGAAAAUAUCUCACAGGUGGCCUUCUUUGUGGAGCACCUGCCACUGGAGAAGCAGUUGGGGACCUUCCAGGCAAAGGAUGAGCUGGAACUCUGUGAGAAGGUGGAUAUUGAAAAGGGAGAUCCGGAAUUGGAGCCCUUAGUUCGUACGCCCAGGAGGCAAAUGGACGAGGAGCUGGUACAUCCAGGGUGCUGUUUUUGCCACCAAGGCUCCCUGAAAAUAGUGGGGUCCUUUGUCGUCUCUAUGCUUGUUUUCCCAGCCCUCCUAUAUGCGGCCUAUGCCUGGCUACCCUUCGAUGCCCCGGUUAUGACAGAUAUACCCACCCGGCUGGUGUACACAUUGCGGUGUGCAGCUUUUGCCUCAUUCCCCAUCGUUCUGGGCGUUGUUAUACACGGGACCUCGCGCCUCUGCGUCUCCUCAUUCAACCCGUUCAAACCGCGAGAGCGGGAGGUGAAGAUCCACAGGCGGUUUGUCAAGCAGAGCACGUUCCUCUUUGUCCUGUAUUUCUUCAACCUGUCCGUGCUGGCCACCUACCUGCCCCAGGGACAGCUGAAAUUCAUCCCGCUCCUCACCUGUCUCUUCGCCCUGUCUCAGCUGAUUUACUGGUUGUCUUUCGCAGUAGGCCGAUCAUUCCGCGGUUUCGGCUACGGCCUGACGUUCCUGCCUCUGCUCGCCAUGCUGAUCUGUAACAUUUACUUCAUGUUUGUGGUGGAGCCAGAGAAGAUGGUUUUUCUGGGGAGCAGGCACUGAGCUCAGGGCUAGCGUCCCCUUUGGAUAAACGGACUAACCACACUGCCGCCGAUCGCUGUCUGUUACACAACUGCCACCGCUGCGGUCACCGCUCCCUCAUACUGGACUUUUAUAACUUGUAUUAUUGCUGAUUAUCUCACUCCUCAAUCACCUUGGCACAGUCUGCUAUGCGCCUUGCGUAUCACUGUUACAUAAUGAGAAGAUCUGUAACGUAUUAGGCGCACAGCACAAGAAUCUGUUCCACAGGUAAAAUGCUAUGUCAGGAAAUAUCCCCUGAAUUUUUAUAUUUACCAGGUUUUUUUAUUUUAUUAAUCUUAUCUGUAGUUUUAAAAAGGAAACUAGUUCCACUUUUAGGCAGAAUAGCGCCACCUUAUGGUCAAGCAAUGAUGAAAAAUGGCAGCAAAUAAAUUUGUUUGGCUUUCUCAGGCAAUAAGUGUCGGUAUGACUUCCAGCCUUCAUGAUUUAGGGACAGGUUUUAUUAGAUGUUUUAACAAAGAAAGUAGCAGGUUAGCACCAGGGCCUCUAAAUUCUCCUUUUAACAACCACAAAUGUGAUUUAUUGCUUUCUGUGCGGCUGUCUUUGAUACGGUCUGUGUGGCUUUUCCUCUUCACUACAGCGUUGACCUUAGUUGUUUUCCUGCUUCUCUACAGUGGAUUCAUCAAGUUUUUACUUUUCACGCCUUUUUGUUUUGUUUUUGUUAGUAUUUGUGGCCAGUUUCCAUUAGAUGAUAUCACUUUAAGUCCUAUUUAUUAGACCUCUUAUCAGAUUGUAAAUAAAAUUGUAAUUCUAA